AUGCCCGAGGACGAUGCGUCAAAAGCUCGCUCCAGACUGAAGCAAGUUGGCGCGCAUCUCCAUGUGGAUCAGGGCCAUCACACUCAGUCCAAAGGACGCCGAAGAAAGAGAAAUGGACCACCAGAAGACUGGUCAGACAUUCUCGGCCAGGUCAAAACCCUUCAGGGUAUGGCAAGGACCCCACCAACCAGUAACCCAGGGUACCUCCGCCAGAAGCAAGCCGGAAAGCUCUGGGUGCGAGAAAGGGUAGACGCACUUCUCGACGCAGAAAGUUUCCUAGAAGUCGGGUCUGUUGCUGGAACGAUAGCAUGGAAAAAGACAAGUUCUUCAGAACCUGGUAGCAACCAGACCAAAGAGGAGAUCGGAGGAUUCACACCCAGCAACAAUGUCCAAGGCUUUGGCACAGUGGGUGGUCGAAAGAUCUUGUUCACCGCAGACGACUUCUCCAUCCGGGCUGGCCAUGCCGAUGGAGCCAUCUGGGCCAAGACACUGUACAUGGAAAAGCUAUGUCUUGAUCUCAGGCUCCCGAUGAUCAAGCUUGUUGAUGGGUCGUCGGGCGGUGGCUCGGUGACGACCAUCAAGAAAGACGGCUUCAGCUAUGUGCCUCCGAUGCCUGGGUUCAAAGAAGUCAACCAACAGCUCAACCUGGGGAUUCCCAACGCAGGCGCAAUUCUUGGCCCGGCUAUUGGGCUUGGUGCGGCUCGCGUCACAGCGUGCCAUUUCUCGGUCAUGGCAGCAGAUGUAGGAUCGCUGUUCAACGCAGGACCUCAUGUGGUGGCCAAAGCCACGUUUGAAGAGGGGCUCAGUGCCAGUGACCUUGGAGGACCGCACGUCCACUGCACAAAUGGGACAAUCGACAAUGCUGCGCCUGACGAGAAGGGCUGCUUUCAGCAGAUUCGCCGUUUUCUUUCCUACGUUCCUGACUGUGGCUUCAAUAACUUGCCACCGGUGGAGGAAACACAUGACUCCUCCCAACGAGACGUCACUUCUCUUCGCACAAUCAUUCCACGUCGUCGGCAGCGAGCAUAUGCGAUGGUUCGGUUAAUACAAACCGUGGUGGAUCAAGGGUCCUGGUUUGAGAUAGGAGCAGGCUGGGGUAACACGGCCGUUGUUGGCCUAGGUCGUAUGAACGGUCGCCCUGUAGGCGUCAUGGCGAAUAACCCAGAGGUCAUGAGCGGCGCAACAGAUGCUGCUGGGGCGCAAAAGAUGACCAAACAUCUCAACCUGUGCGAUGUUUUCAACCUGCCCAUCAUUCAGUUCGUCGACUGCCCAGGGUACGCUGUGGGGACCGCGGCCGAGCGACAGGCGACAAUGAAGUACGGAGUGGAGCUGGGCAAGGCAUACUUCUCGACCACGGUGCCCAUCUUCAGCGUGCUGGUCCGGAAAUGCUAUGGAGUGGCUGGCGGCAUUAUGACGGACUGCCGAGACCCGCAUCACCGCAUGGCGUGGCCGAGCCUUGAGUCUGGAAGUCUCCCGCUUGAGGGGGGCGUGGAGGCGAGCCAUGCGAGAGAGUUGAGAGAGGCAGGAGACAGGAGGGAAGAGGUCUAUAAUGAGCUGGUGGAGGACUAUACCAGGCUUCAAAAUCCAGUCCGGACCGCGGCCGCCUUCGACAUUCCAGAGGUCAUCGACCCAGCGGAUACCAGAAGGAUUCUGUGUGCAUGGACUACCCAUAUGUAUGAUGUGAAGCUCGUCGAGAGACUCAGGCAAAGGCAGAGCGGAGCCCUUCAGCCAGUUUUUCGCUAG